AAUCCUCAACGGACACCUAACGGCUCCUCCGCCUCUCAAAUCCCCUUCUUCUCUCUCUCUCAUUCUUCAUUCCUCCUUCUUCCCGUUCCCCAAUGGCGACCCUCACGCCAGGCGUGCUCCUCAAGCUCCUCCAGUCCAUGAACUCCGACUCCAAGAUCACCGGCGAGCACCGUUCUUCAGUCCUCCAGGUGAUCGGCAUUGUCCCCGUCCCCGGAGGCGCCGAUGAUCUCUGGCCAGCAAGAGGAUUCUACCUUCAGCUCUCCGAUUCCCUUAACUCCACCUACGUCUCCCUUUCCGAUCCCGACGCCGAUGCGAUCCUCUCCUCCCGUUCCCAGCUAGGCCAGCUUGUCCACGUCGCUCGGCUCUACCCCGCACACCCUGUUCCCCGAGCCUCUGGUGUUCGUAUCAUUCCUCCAGGCCGACCUCUCCCCUUCGCCGGCCGUCCGGAACCGCUUCUCGCUCUCUCUGAUCCUUCACGACCAGAUGGCUUCCUCAUCCAACCGGCUCCUGAUUCCGCUCCCCCAGCCCCUGCUCCAUUCGAUGAAAAGCCCGCAACUAGGACUGUCUUCGCCGCGAGGGAGAACGUCACAGUCAUGCCGCCAGUCUCCGGCACUGCCGCCUCUAAACGUCGUUUCUCAUCUCCAGCGGCGGCUAAAUCAACGAGGAAGAGCGGAGCCGAAGCGGAGCACCGCAAUCCUUCCCCUGCCCCCAGCGCGGCGAAGGCGAAUUCAAGACCGUCCUCCCCUGCGCUUGGAAGGGCCGGUUCAAGGUCUUCGUCACCGGUGCCUUCCAAGUGCGAGGUGCCGAGUUUGGUCGCGGCCAAAGAAGAGAAUAGAAGAGUGGCAAAGGAACCAGCCAUCAUCGUCCCAUCAAGGUUCCGCCAGCCAUCACCUGUCGGGCGGAAGGGGGCGGCAUCACCAGCAGGGCGGAGAAGUUCCAUGUCCCCAGGAAGAAGGUUGUCAGGAGGUUUGAAAGUGUCACCUGCACUAGGGGAUUCAAAGAAGAAGAUGGUGACUGUGGUUGCAGGGAUCUCAAAAGUUUCCGAUGCUUUAGUAGGUUCGAUGAGGGCUACCAGAAAGAGUUGGGAAGACCAAUCAUCUAAGUCCACUGAAUCUUCAGAGACGAAGGAGAAGACUAGUUCUAAGAGCAAAGUAGAUAAUCGAGCAAUUAUAAGAACGCAGGCUGCUAUAUCACGUAGAUUAAGUGAUGUGGGUGGGGAAAAUUCCAAUGGUGACGAGACAUCAAAUGAGAAGCCAAGACCUAGUAACAAGAUAGAUUGUCCUUCAAUGCCAGAUAAGUUACACCGGGCAGCUCCAAAUUUUGUUAUUCAUGACAAGAAAUGGACAGACGGCAGCAUCCCAAUUGACGCACUCUCUGAUAAUCUUGCUAGGCUUGGAAAGGAGGUUGUUCAGUCAAGAAGCAUUGCUUCUAAAGCUGCGGCUGAGGCUCUGGAAGAGGCAUUGGCUACGGAAUCUAUUAUAAGGAAUCUAAGCAUGUUUGCCGAUUUAUGUUCAUCAUCAAAGUCUGCAAACCCUUUACCGACAAUUAGCCGAUUCCUGUCCAUCCAUGAUGAUGUUCUCAAGUGCAACACCAACAUUGAAUCUCUCAUAGCUAGCCGCACCAAUGGUGUAACGUCCGAUAACACUUUCUCCAGAGAAAGACGCAAAUCAGUCUUGCUCUGGGUUGAGGCUGCAUUAACUACUGAUCUCGGAGUUCUCUCUCUACUCAACACUGGUGACAGAAGGAAGAGUUUAGAAAAAUCAGAAUCUCCACCAGCUAUGACUUGCCUAUCCAAGAGGAAAUCCUUCACUGUUCCUUCGAAGACUAACAAUGGCAAACCAUCAGUUAGUGCUAGUACUAGCUCAAGUGUACCCAUGUGGUCUGGAGGAUGUGGAAUUGUUCAAGCAUUGGAUCUUGCACAAACACUGAGACAUGAAAUGCAGACUUGGUUCUUGAAAUUUGUAGAGGAAUCACUGGAUGUGGGUUUCAGGUUGCUGGCGGAGAAUUCAGAUGAUGAAAAAGAUAGGUCUUCUUGCAGGGACAAGGGUCAGAUUACUGCAGUGCUCUCACACUUGAAACGAGUUAAUGAAUGGUUGGACGCUGUAGGAAAAGGACCUGAAGAAGAGUCAUUAAAGGAUGUGAUUGAGAGAUUAAAAAGAAAGAUAUAUGGGUUUGUUAUUACUCAUGUUGGCUCUGCAUUUGACUCACUUUCGCUUUCAAAAGCUUGAUUUGAUUUGAUGGCAUUGCCUUUGUCUGUCUUUAAUGCAAUUGUAAAAUGUCAUCAAGGUAAUAUUCCAUUGAGGAUUCGUUGGUUACUUGGAUUAGUGACUAGUUUCUUUAUAAA